CUUGAAAACCUCUCACUCACAAUCAUGCAGCGCGUGGCUUGCUUGACUGCCGUCGCUCAGGGCGCAGCGACAACUGCUGGCUACGCGACCGUUGCAUCAGCUUCUGCAUCGCCGGCGCGGAAGGACGUCCUCGCAUUGUACAAGAACCUUUAUCGCAUUGCCAAGCUCUGGCCUGUCGAUGAGACGCGUCCCGGGCGCGAUCUCGGCACUCACAUCAAGAAGGCCGUGCGGGAGCAGUUCAGAACCAACGCGUCCGUCACCGACCAAAAGCAAGUGGCUACGUUGGUCGCUCAAGGCCAAGCCGAGCUGGGCUCGCUGCGCUCCAUCUAUCUCAACCAGCAUCACGAUCAAUUCAUCCGUACAAACGAUACUCUGGCUCUCACUCAACAAUCUCUAGAAGCGACGCGGCAUUUGCUAUCGUCCAACACACAGCGCAGCUUGAACAAAAAGUCGUUCAUGCAGCUCAUUUUCGGUCGCAAUCGCAACCAAGACGAGGCCGCGUACUCGUUCCGGACUCCUGCAGAGCGUCAACGACUGCUACAGACGAUCGAAGCGACAAACACGGCCUCGACAAAGCCAUGAUGAUGGUGUGUUGCAUGUUGUCAUACAGUAUGUCGAAAACAAAUGGUGCAAAGCUUUGCCCGCCGAAUCCCCAUCUCUGGAACACA